GGAAGAAUGAAAAAUGAAACCCUCGGGUGUUCUGGCUGCUUGGUAAAACAGAAUCACACAACUGCUCUGAGCUACAUGUGCAAAUUCGGCGAAGGCUUCUUGCCUGUUAAGAGUCUCCAAGAAGCAGCACAAAAUCGGUAUCUGAAGAAUGCACAGACGAACAAUAUCAUAUGCUUCAAUUCUAUCUUUUCCUGUUUAAUUUCUCUUGCAUUUUCACUCUGCUAACCGAUACUAUAUUAAAAUGUUGUUUGGUUUCAAUUAUUACCGCACAAUUCGCAAAGCCAUUGCUUAUCCUCACAAGUUGGUUAGUGUCUUUCAGUUGAAGGCGUGUGUUUAUGGUAUCGAGUGUGUUUCUUUCCCAAAACAGCAUUUUCAUGCUCCCCCAAUUACUUUCAUUGUUUUAAAUACAUAUUUCUCGUCAUUAUCUUCAAGUGAUAUUUACCCCAGUUCUUCCUCAAAUGAUAAUUUCAAUGCCCAUUCUAGAGAAACGGAGAAUUGUUAUGAUAGGAAUGAUGGGUUUAACAAGUUUAGGCAAAUGGGUUUCAGUGACGAUGAGUGUGAAAUGGAUAAAAACCCUAAAAUUGAUGGUUUUGAUGAGAUUGAAGAAGAAGACGAAGAAAAAGGAGGAGAAGUUAGUGAUAAUGAUAACGAUUUUUUGGUUUUGGAUACUGUUAAUAGAAGUCAUUAUCAGAAGGAAGAUGUUUGGAGAAUUGAGAUAGGGGAAGAGGAAUUUCGACACCCUUUGGUGAGAGAAAUAUGUAGGUUGAUUGAGCUUAGGCAAGCUUGGAAUCCUAAACUUGAAGGUGAAAUGAGGCGCUUACUAAGAAACCUCAAGCCACGACAAGUUUGUGCUGUUUUGCUGUCCCAAGCUGAUGAAAGGGUUGCUUUAAAUUUUUUCUACUGGGCUGACAGGCAAUGGCGGUAUCGGCAUGAUCCAAUUGUGUAUUAUGUGAUGCUUGAGGUUCUCAGUAAAACUAAGUUGUGUCAAGGUGCUAGGAGGAUUCUUCGACUUAUGGCACGUAGAGGAAUCUACUGUCGGCAUGAAGCUUUUGCUUAUGUAAUGGUGUCAUAUAGUCGGGCCGGUAAGUUGAGGAAUGCAAUGCAAGUCUUGACUGUGAUGCAGAAAGCAGGUGUUGAACCUAAUCUGUUGAUAUGUAACACUGCCAUUAAUGUUUUGGUAAUGGCAAAUAAGUUAGAGAAGGCAUUUAGAUUUUUAGAAAGCAUGAAACUUGUUGGAAUCACGCCAAAUGUUGUAACUUAUAACUGUUUGAUCAGGGGAUGCUGUGAUGUUCAUCGAGUUGAAGAUGCCAUAGAGCUGAUUUCGGAAAUGCCUCUCAAAGGAUGCUUCCCAGAUAAAGUUAGUUAUCAUACUGUAAUUGGUUUCCUUUCCAAGGACAAGAGGAUCAAAGAAGUAAAAGACUUGAUAGAGAAGAUGAUUAAGGAUAGUAAAUUGUUGCCUGAUCAGGUCACUUAUAAUACUCUAAUCCAUAUGCUUUCCAAGCAUGGACAUGCAGAUGAGGCAGUUGAGUUUUUAACAGAAGCUGAAGAAAGGGGAUUUCAGGUUGAUAAGGUUGGGUAUAGUGCUAUAGUUGAUUCAUUUUGUAAGCAGGGAAGGAUAGACCAGGCAAAAAAAAUUGUGAAUGAAAUGUUUGCUAAAGGUUGCUCUCCUGAUGUUGUUACCUACACUGCUGUUGUCAACGGACUUUGUAAGGUUGGGAAGGUGGAGGAAGCUAAAAAGAUGCUUCAGCAAAUGUACAAGCAUGGCUGCAAGCCAAACACUGUAUCCUAUACAGCAUUGUUAAAUGGGCUUUGUCGAAAUGGGAACUCAUUGGAAGCAAGGAAGAUGAUGAAUAUGAGUGAAGAGGACUGGUGGACACCUAAUGCAAUUACAUAUAGUGUUGUGAUGCAUGGGCUGCGAAGGGAGGGGAAGCUGUCUGAGGCUUGUGAUGUAGUGACAGAGAUGCUUAGGAAGAGCUUUUUCCCAACUCCUGUUGAAAUUAAUUUAUUAAUUAAGUCUCUUUGUUGGCAGGGAAAAAUGGAAGAGGCAAAAAAGUUCACAGAAGAGUGUCUGAACUGGGGGUGUGCCGUCAAUGCAGUAAACUUUACUACUUUAAUUCAUGGAUUUUGCCAGAAGGAUGACAUAGAUGCUGCUCUAUCGGUGAUGGAUGAUAUGUAUCUAAACAACAAACAUCCUGAUGCAGUCACUUACACUACAAUAAUUGAUGCACUCGGAAGGAAAGGUAGAAUAGAAGAGGCUACUGAAUUUACUAUGAAGAUGCUUAAGAAGGGAUUAGAUCCUACACCUGUGACAUAUAGAACAGUGAUACAUCGGUACUGUCAGAUGGGUAGAGUGGAAGAUUUGUUAAAACUAUUAGACAAAAUGCUUUCACGGAAAAAAUGCAGAACUGCAUAUAAUCAAGUUAUUGAGAAACUAUGUAGCUUCGGAAACCUUGAGGCUGCUGAUAAACUCUUAGGAAAGGUUUUGAGAACGGCCUCGAGAAUUGAUGCUAACACAUGCCAUGUGCUAAUGGAGGGUUAUUUGAGCAAAGGGAUUCCUCUACCAGCAUAUAGAGUAGCUUGUCGAAUGUUUAAUCGGAAUCUGAUUCCUGAUUUGAAGUUGUGUGAAAAGGUGAGCAAGAAACUACUGUUAGAAGGAAAAUCAGAGGAGGCGGAUAAACUUAGCCUACGGUUUGUUGAGCGUGGAAAUACUUCACCUUGCGGUCGACAGAGUUUACAAGACUAGUGAGCACCAUUUUUUUCCUUAUAAUGCUUUCGAGGCUACUGGAAACCUUCAAAGGCUUUGAAAGGCUUUGAAAAGAAAACUGAGGAAGAAGAAAGAAGAACAAGAAUGUCAAAGGGCAAAUCUCUGUCGUGCACUUAUCUCAUCUUUGAACAAGAGUGACUCUCAAAGGGAUUGACAUAUUGAAACAUGGACAUAACAUGCAAAAAUUUUAAUGUUAUAUCUUCACAUACACACACGCAAAAAGGAAAGAUCAGAUCAAGUUCUAUGCUUGUUAUGUCGCCAGUAGGUAAGAGAUUGUAAUGUGAUAUAUGAAGCAUUGCUACUUUCUCAUAUGAAUAAAUCUUUUGUUUAAACUGAAUUUUGAGUUUUUUCCUUCGUUUAUACUUUUUCCUGUGGAUAAAUAAAGCUAAUGAUAAUUCUGUGGAUAAAUAAAGCUAAUGAUAAUAUUAACUCAGAAAAUAAAAGGCGAAGUUUCCCAUGUACGCAAGGAACUAUACUGGUAAGGACAAGAAAAAGGGUGUACUAGGUGUAUACCAAUAUUUCCAGUUAUCAGUAUUAAUUAUAACUUUUUUAAAUCAUAUGAUCGAAAUGGAAAAUCUUUGUCAACUAAAACUGACAAGUAUGCGCUGUGCAGCCACUCCUUUUCUCCAUGUGUAUCUUCUAAACAGCCAAAGGAAUUGCAUCUGUAAUUCCUUUAAGCAUCCAACUAAUAAGCUCCUUCUCUACAUUAUAUACAUGAACCUCUAUAGUUUUAAAAAUAGUUACAGAGGCAAAUGGACGUUUUCCUUGGGCCUGCAGUAGCUCUUCUCUCCAAAUUGAGGAUAAAAGGAAACAAGCUCUUUUCUCCGCAAUUUGGAAGGAACCUUUUCCUAUCCUUAUUUCUCUCUCCCUUUUUCCUUUCUCUUUCAAACAAGUGAAAGGAAGAAUGUCCUUCCAUUUCCUAUCACUCCCCUUUCCUUUCCCCUUUAUUUUCUACGUUCCCCAAAGAUAAGUUUAGGGUCAUUAAGUGGUUGCCAUGUCCCACGACUGGCGACAUUAUGAUGAUUAAAUGACUAGAAAUGCUGUAUUUGAAUUUUGAUUUUUCAGGUUGAAUCUCAUAUUUGGAUCAGAAUGUUUUCUUUUUUUCUUUUUUUC